AGUCUUUUUUGGGGCCCAGUCUUUGCACGGGGCGGUGCACGGCCAGCCCCCCCCCGUGACGGCAUCGCAUGACGCACCGGCGGGCUGCGCUGGCCUGGGCGGCCGCGUGGGCGGCGAGCCCGGGCGCGCGGGGCAGCAGCGCCGCCUCGAGCUGGUACUACAAGAGCCCGCACGCGUGCACGAACAGCGACGGCCCUGAGACGCAGAAGUGCAGGGCGGACGCCGAGUAACUGGGGCUGCGCCGGCGGGGUGGACACGCUCUACUGCGGGGAGAGCGAGAAGCAGACCUGCCGGGAGAUGGGCAGCGAGGUUUCGGCAGCGUCACCGGACGGCUUCGGCUUCAUGUGCCCUUCGCUGAUGCUCGGGACGGCAGAGAUGCUGGCGGCAGCAGAGGCAGACGGCUACCAGGGUACGUAUGCAGUGGUCACCAUCGACGCGCUCUCAUGCGGCCAGUGUGUCGAGAUCGAGAACGACGACCUUGCCAGCUUUCCCAACGCUCCGAAGAUCACGGCGCAGGUCUUCAACUCGGUUGCAAGUUCCGUCGACGUUUACAUGGCCGGUGGAGGCCUCGGCGCCAACAACGGCUGCGCUGCCGUGGAGGGCUACUCCCCGAUGGCGGCGAUGUACGAGAAGUACCCCACGUCUAAGAACAGCGAGUUCGUCAGCCACCUGAAAAGAGCCGGGUACCCGGAUGCCGAGAAGUGGUUGGACGAGGUCAUCUCGUAUGCUGGGGGACUGCGGGGUGGCAGAUCAUAUGCGGAGUGCAUGAAGUCAGGCAGGAACACCACCACGCAGUGCCAGCCUCCAGGGAACGGCUGCGAUGGCAUGAGCGGCGUCUGCAUCACCGACCCGCUGGCUGCGUGCACGUCGGCCUUCGUCGGCAAGUCUGACUACGUGACGCAGAAGGCGGUCGAGAGCUGCAUGUACGCAUUCGAGCACGACCUCCACUGGAACAGGCCCAUCACGUACCAGGUGGUGCCUUGCCCUGCUGGCCUGACAGCCCUCACGGGCAUGAUUCCCAGCGUAGCGGACGAGAGCAGGCGGGGCGAGCGUGUGAAGAGCACGACCACGACCAUGGAGGAUUGCUGCGAGCCCACCUGCAGCCGCGCGUCGGCGCUGGAGUACGCCACGGAGCCUGGUUCCUGGGUGAGCGGGAACGAGGUUAUAUACACAUGCAACAUCCUCGGCCAGCCGUUCCUGGAGUCCACCAGCAGAGUCUCCGACCCCUGCGAGCAGCCGGCCAGCGGCGCGGAGCUCAGCAGGCAGGGCGGGUCGGGGCCGUUUGGAGUCCCACCGCUGGAGCAGCAGGGUGGCCCGAGCAGCGCAGCGUCAGCCAGCGCCGCCCGCGCCCCCGCGCCGCCGCAGAUCCCAACCAGCGUGCCGACGCAGAGCCCCAUCAGCGCGCCGUCCACCAGCACCGCCCGCUCCCCCGCACCGCCGCAGAUCCCCGCCAGCUGGCCGCUGCAGCACUCGAGCAGCGCAGCGUCAGUCAGCACCGCCCGCGCCCCCGCGCCGCAGAUCCCUGCUGGCGUGCCCACGCAGCACCCGAGCAGCGCGCCGUCAGCCAGCACCGCCCGCGCCCCCGCGCCGCCGCAGAUCCCCGCCAGCGUGCCGACGCAGAGCCCGAUCAGCGCGCCGUCCACCAGCACCGCCCGCUCCCCCGCGCCGCCGCAGAUCCCCGCCGGCGCGCCGGCGCAGCACCCCGCGGGCGCGCGAGCGCAGAGCCCCAACGGCGCAGAGCCCGGCACGCAGGGCGAGCUGAGGGCGUCCAUGGGCCCGUCGCUGGCCCGGGUGGGCGGCUGGAAGAGCGGCGCCCCGCCGGCGGUCACCGCCCGCGGCGGCGCGUGGCCGCAGAGCCCGAGCACCACUGGUGCUCUGGCGCCAAGCCCCGCCGACGAGCCCGGUGGGCCUCGGCCCCCCGUGCUUCGGGGCACCCCGCCGCCGCGGGGGCCGCGCGCGCAGGGCGCGCCGGCGGGCACCGGCGGCCUCGGAGGCGUCGCCGCAGGCGCCAGCGCCACGCGCACGGCUGGCUCGGCUGCCGCUCCCGGCGCGGCCGUCGCUCCGGCAGGGCCUGGGCCCGCAGGGGCCUCCCCCGCGGGCGCCCACGACCAGCAGUGCCCCGGCGCGUACGAGCAGUGCGGGGGCGACGGCUGGAGCGGCGCCGGCUGCUGCCAGGGCUCCUGCGUCUGCACCGCCUACGCGGAGAGCUACGCGCAGUGCGUGCCCCCCGACGGGGGCGCCGGCUGCGGAGGCCUGGCGGAGGCACCGGGCGGCGCGGUCGCGGCGAUCGUGCGGAAGGACGCCCUGGUCGGCGGCGGCGCGCGCCAGGCGCCGGGCGGCGAGGCGUGGGCGGUGGCCCUGGCGUGCGCGGCCCUCGGGCUGGCCUCGGCGGCGGCGAUGCUGGCAGAGUAAUUAGCGGUCCGCGGUGGUGCCCCGAGGAGGCCGCUCGUCUCGAAUUCGUCUCUCGUCUCUCCCGUGCUCUUGCUCUCUCUCUCUCUCUCUCUUUUUCUGUCCUCUCCCUCUGCUCCUCCCUCCUGCAUGUCUGCCUGGCCGUGUCUCUGCCUCCCUCUCUCCAUGCCUCUGGCAGUCUGCUUGUUCGUCGCAUCAGUAGGAUUGGGGCCUCCCAUCCGCACCCCUUUCCCGCACGGCCAGAGCUCCCAGCAUUGCAUGCUAAUGUGCCCCCUUCACGCCUGCGGUGUCUAUCGACAAGGAGAGCCGGCUCAUAUGGCUGGCUCUCUUUCGCUCCGCUCGACGGCCUGGACAAUUCACGAAUGCAUCUGCACGCCAGGCAAAAGGUCGAGCGGCCGUCAAUCGGGGCAGGGCCUGGGCUGUUGCCCCGCCCCCGCCCAUGCCAGGCGAAUUCGUGUCACGCCGGUGACGCUCGAUUCCUUUUUUCGUUACCUCGACGCUGAUCGAAGCGGAUGCCGUGUCUGAACGCCCGUGCGGACAAUCCAGAGGCCACACGCGUGGCCAUAAAAGAGCAGAGUAGCAGCGCGCACAUCAGCAGCUAGAGGG